AUGGUAACGACAAGAGCUGCAAAUCAAUGUUACGAUACAAAUUUAAAAAGACCAAACAAUCAAAAAGGUUCGAAGGAGUCAUUAAAUAAACAAAAGCCUGUGAAGAAGCCAAAGACAGAAAGCUCGCUAAGGAAUCUUCAAAAGCAAGUUAGGCAGGAUCGGCGUUGGUCAUUGAAAAGGUAUGAGCCAAAUAGAAAGCCAAGUGAAUACUACAAAAUAGGGAAAUAUAUUUUGGUUAAGUAUAGUCACUAUCCAUGGUGGCCCUCAAGAAUUGUCCGCAGAGAAGAUAUACCUUCGGACAUAUUGAAACGAUUACCGAAAUACAAGGGAUUGGCAGUACAAUUCCUUCCUUCUAGAGAUUAUGCAAUUAUUCCGGUAAGCAAUGUUGGUUGUUUGGAUUUGUAUGAAUGCUUAUAUGUACUGGAAUCGAAUCGGUUUACUUCACAUAUUAGACACACUAUUGAGACGAUUGAGGAAUCUAUCAGAAACGAUUGUUCGUUUUCUGACGCUGAGGAACCGGACGAAGAUGAAGAAUCUGAAGAUUAUGAAAAUGAGCACAUAACUUCACCAUUAGAAGCUCGAAAAGAUUUGAAUGACAAAAAGAAAGCAAACAUAACCCACAAUAAAGAAAAAGCAAAAACUUCGACUCGUGAUUCUCAUGGCCGAUUCAUUCGAAAGAAAAGCCAGACGAUUGCCCCGACCCAUACACUGUUAGAAAAGCAAGAGAUAAAAGAAGAAUUGAAUGAAGGAGAAAAGGAAAUCACUCGUUCCUCUCCAAAGCUCCCAAUGUUCUCUUUAGAGGUUCAGCUAAAUCAGCCUCUUAGUACAGCUGAACUUUACGCUCGGGCCUACUACGCUCGAGCAAAGACUUUACUAUAUUAUCGGUAUAAGUUACAAAAAAUUCUUCUUACUUUCAAUCACUACCCUACUGAGUCCGAAAUGGCUGAUGUCCAUUGUAUACUAGAAAAAAUUGAAAACUUUUCAGGUUUGAACGCUGAGUUGAUUGAAAACACGAAGCUUUUUGAGCUUACUUUUUUACUAAAGAAGCUGUCUGACUUACAACUAGAGCAUCGAUACCAUUUUGUUGACAGAUUCCACGCCCUAUUCACCCAUUUUUUGAAACUGUCGAAUAAACCAAUUUCUUCCUCCCUUUUAACAAAUUUACUAAAUAAAAAUAAAAAUGAAGUUGCUAAUCCUUCGGUUCCCUCAUAA